GAUCGGUUUUAACAUACAUACACACUGGGACGGGACACAGUGCUCGGCCAUGAUACACCGAGAGAGGGCUGACAUACGUGUACCAUACAAACAUUUCAAGCAUGGGGAUACCUAAAGUGUCGAUCCUCUCCCCUCAUUGUGAAACAACUAGGAUUUUGGUGUCCGCGUUGCCAUGGUUUCCCCGCUGCUCCUGGGUGCGGUGUGCGGAGUCUCUGUGGUAGCUGUAGCUGUCGUCAUCAUUAUCGUUUACAUACUUUACCGUAAACGACACAGAGCAACGUCCUGUAUUUCAAGCCACAGCGGAUACGAGGCUGUUGGAGAGUGCAAACCGCCAUCUUUGUUGUCUUUAACGUCAGGAUCUCAGGAAAUUUCUAUCACCAAAGAGAAUCGGCCGGUACAGCCUCGAUCUGCAUCAAUGUCGACUACGUCACGAGGAAGUCUGCGCAGUGAGCAAUUCACCGACGAUACCAGCAGCCUUAGUGCUAAGAGCGACGCCAGCGUUGACAGUCUGGUGUUUGAAGCCAACUUUGGUGCUAUCCGACCAGAUCUGUAUCCUCGUCGAGACGUGGUUCUGCAGCAGUCUUCCCUGGAUGGCGGGCAUGGUCGUCUUCACACAAGGCUCACUUACGACUUCAGGACGUCGGAUCUGGUGGUGCACAUGAUCGAAGCCCAAGACCUGCCACUAUCGGAACUUCUCGGAGGAUUCAGUGAUCCCUACAUACGUAUUGCAUUAGUGCCGAGCGUUGACGAGCGUAUCCGACAGUCAUCCGUCAAGAGGAAGACUUCUAACCCUUACUAUAACGAACGGUUCAAGUUCCCUGUUGCCUUUGACGAAGUGAAAGACAAGCUGUUAGUGUUUCAUAUAUAUGAUUACGACAAGUUCUCUCGUCAUAACGUUAUAGGCGAAGUGCAGAUUGACCUGGGAAAGGUGGAAAUCAGCAACAGUGUGGAAAUGUGGUGUGACAUUCAGAAACAUCAAAAGGCCUCGGGCAUACUGGGUGAGUUGCUGGUGUCGCUGAGUUAUCUCCCCACUGCCGAACGCCUCACAGUGGUCAUCAUGAAGGCCAAGGAACUGACCGUGUCCAGCAACCCACCUUCAGCAGAUCCUUAUGUCCGGUUGACCCUCCUUGUGGAAGGAAAGAAGAUCAAGAGAAAGAAGACUUCUGUUAUACGUAGUUCAACAAAUCCGGUUUGGAACGAGGCCCUCACGUUCAACGUUCCGGCGGACGUGCUACCAAAGGUGGGCCUGGAGUGUUGUGUUAUGGACCAUGAUCUGAUCGGACAUGGGGAAAUCAUCGGUCGGUGUAUGCUGGGCCCAGACAGGCCGGGGAAAGAAGGCAAUCACUGGAAUGAAAUGCUACACAAUCAGAGAAAGUCAAAUGCCAUGUGGCAUAACCUUAGAAAGUAGCUGCCAAGUCCAUACGAUGUCGCACCGUUGUUCACUGUUAACACUGAGUUCCACCGUGACUCCAAGGAAUGUGCGAUAUAUGCAUUCAGCUAAGGUGGCUGAUACGAUCUGAACAAUACCUACAAAACAGACUACAAAAACGGGAAAUCGUUUGUGUUUCAAGUUGGUAUUUGUAUUGACCACAUGAUUGAUACCAAUUCACUUCCAGAACAAUUUGAACCGCCACCUUACUCUCUUCAGACGGAGUAUAACUGUGACUUGGUGCCAAGAAAGAUGGUCGACACCCAUGGACACAGGUGCUAAACAUUGGGAACGGUUUGAACAAUAACAAUGAUCUGUUCAGACACUAAUUAUAGUUACCAACAUGAGACAUUACUGCACUUACUGUUCAGUAUCUACUACGGUAGAUCGAUUAUUAUAAAUUUGUACUGCAGUAAAAGAGAUGAGACAGUACUAUGAGCCACCAUGCUGUGACACUAAAACAGAAAGGUAGGAAAAGUACCGGAAAUAUAGGUACAUCUGUAUUAAUUAAAUGCCUUACAUGUGCUAAGGGCGUUGAACUUGUCCUUCCACACUCUUUGGAUAAGCCAUGUCAACUGGCGCCUGGUUGACUGCAGUGUGAGCUGUCGAUUGGGCGUUAUUGAUACAGAUGAAUAUAUGUACCAUUCCAUGAACCUCAUGAGAUGUCAGUUGUUUAAUGGAAAACUAUUGCAAGCAGUGUACAUUUUGUGACAUGGUAAUGAUAAAGUUGUAUGUUUGUCUAUGUCCAUUCGUCAGACAGAAACAAUGCAUCUUGUGGAUUCUUAGCUGCAUUGUUCGAACAGUAUCUACAGUAAAUGAAUUGUAAUCACUAACAACCGGUCAUAUCUGAGACACAUAUCAACAAAUUCAGCAACGUUCUCAUUUCAUAUUCGUUCAACAAGACAAUGUCAGACAUAGCUACAGUGAAUCGAUUUUCACGGAAUGAAAGAGUAUACAAGAAAACCAUGGAAAUGUUAGAACAGUUGCAUUUACAAUUUGUCUGAAGUAUUUACUCAACGUUUGGAAGAGCAUAAUUAUAUUCCAUUUGAUUAUUGAUCAUAUUUUACUUCCAAGCCAAUGAAGCAGUUUAGCUGUAUGUACGUGCAGCUGUGUGGUGUGAUAUAUAUAUAUUAUGUGUAUAUAUACAAUGUAUUUACACGUGUUUUGGUAUUGUCACAGACUUGUGGGUAAGUCACUUGUAAGUUGUCAGUAAUGCUUCCUUUUUGCCUCGUGAUAUAAUAUUUCCAUUUGUUAAUAUCGCGAGCUUGUACAUAUCCAGAUGUUCACAGUUUGUGUUUAUGCAGAACGACUGUUAGUGAAAAGGUAAUAGCAUAAUUUAUAUUUUUUAUAUGUUUCCAUGAUUUUCAAACAUUUUCAGUUUGUUAACAUUUUCAAUAUUAUCUCAACAUUCUGCCACUCCUUUUAGUAUUACAAAUCAAAGAAGUAGCUGUAUGUAGUUAAUAUAUGGCAUUUGAUACAUUCCUGUUUAACAUUCAGAUAUGUCCCAAUAUUAUGCUAGUUCAGUGUCUGUUGAAGCAGCAGAUUCCAGGAUAGAAUUACACACUACCAGGUGACUAGAACUGGAACAGGGUGACCUCGGUGACUGACCUCAGCUGAUCACCGACUUUCGGGCAUUGUCUGGCUUCAUUAGUAGGACUUCCAAUCUUGACAGCACGGCUUGUUGGUCAAGCGGCCAAGUAGGGUUUCUUUGUCGCGGGUUUCUGGUAUUUCAGUCCCAGUGUAAGCCAUGGAACUAAAGAACUCAGCUGUGAUCCUCAAUCUGCAGUUCUUGAGCGGGGUUCUAGUUGUACAGUACUUGAGUUCUGCAUGCAUUGUUACACACAACUCCUGGAUCAGGAAAUGUCUUUGUACAUAAUUCUGCACUUCCUGGAUGUUUUGACACCUUUUGAAUAUUUGUACAAAUAUAUUUGCCUUUAAGUAACCUGUCUCCAUACCCUAUAUUCUUUCAUCUUAAUGCCUUAAGUGUGUAUUAUCUGAAUGCCGUGGCACACCAACACCAGCUACAUUAUAUUUGUGGAUGAACAAUGUAUGUUUGUACUAUACGUUUUCAUGUUUACCUUUCCACCAGCAUGUAACAUCUGCUGUCAUGGGCGGUUCAUCAACGCCAACUGCAGCACUAAAGGCACUGUAUCACACCAAACUUCUCUAAGAAAAAUUAAUGCAUUUCUCUCAGUCAUGCUAACUAUCAGCCAUCAGGAAACUACCAUAUAAUUAAUUCCCAUCAAAAUUACGUAUUUAGAUAACAGUAUUAUAUUAAAUAGCUAGAAUGAAUUAAUGCAACGUUGCAUUAAAUAGAUUCUUGCGCCGAUAAUUAUUUCAAUCGAACCCCACAGAGUUACGUCCCUUGGAGCGCUCUUUACGAAUAUCCUACGCACAACUUAUGAAACCAGUUCGGCAAACACCGACAA